CUUGGGAAAUGCAGAGUACAUCCGUUGGAACAGCACUUUAAUUACGACACCCUGUGACCUGAACCCGUUCGCGUCAGCCUGCAGCAUAGAUGUGCCGGACAAGCAACACACCUCAUUCGUCGCCGAAUGCAAGGUGUUGGCGGAGGGCAAGGGCCUGAGCAAGUUCGUCCACAAAUGCCACCGAGGGUGAUGCCAGAGACCAAGUUGUUCUCGUGGCAAUAUCUACACCCUAUCUCAACGCACCGAAAGACACCGAGGGCAACAACUUGCCGAAGGUAGAGGAAGAAGACAAGAAACAAUUUAAGGCAAUAGUAAAUGAUGAACAGCUGCAGGCAACAGAUGAACAUAACAGUCGGAGCCAAAAUAGUAUACUGAGGGCUGCAUGUGUCGAUGAUACUGAUAAAGUUUCAGAGGCGACGCACGACGAUGGCCCGGUGAGCACAAAAGAUGUGCAAAGCACAAUCUUUCCAGAAGUGACUGCACCUUCCUUUACGACAAAGGAAAGCAUAGACCAAAUGCAGUGCGUGCUCGAAGAGGGCCUCCAGAGAGUUUCAGUUGAGAAGGGAAGUAAAAGCCAUGUAUCAGAGCCACCAGUUCGAGAAGCCACUGUCACGUCUUCCUCGACUCGUGACAGCUUCGGCGCGGGCGUCGAAGUGCCCUGGCUCUUCGAUAAAGAGUCCGACACGACUCUUGGCGGGGAAGACGUGCUACAGCAAAUGUCGUCUCUGGUGCGGGCCAGUGUCGAUGAGGACGACGAUACUACAAGGGCUGACGGGAUUCAAGCUAGUCAGAUGUCCGCGGUCUGCACCCAGAUGUCCUCAACGUGCGGUUACAGCGACAGAACGCAUACCAAAGCGAGCGAGGGAACCUCGGGCAACAUAACUACCAACUACAGCGACCCGCACAGCAACCUCUUCGACGAAGAGUCCUUGAUCAGGAGGGAGGAGAGCCAGGCACCGAUCAUUCGAAUGUAUGGCCCUUUUCCGCACGACAUUCACACGUCGUUGCAGGGGAAACUGCUCUCGUGGGGCCUUCCACGUGGAGCCGAAAGACCGCACAAUCCUUGCGAAGCGACCAGCCCGAAGUUGUCGCUACCGACAAUGAACUCGCACGCUGUUAAGCGUCAUGACAACAGUCUUUUGCUUGCUACGCAGGAAAGUGAUUCGACGGAGUCGUCUCAGCAGCAAGCAGCUAGAAUCGUCAACCGCCCGCACAGCGACUCCAGUCGGCCAAGUUUCGGUGCAUGCCAUCCCAAGGAUGCGAAGUGCCGGACGGCACCCUCGACAAAGUCGCAACAAUCGAAAGACUGCAGCUUUGCGAGCAGUGCGUCAUCAGUGCAGACAACCUCCGGGCCACGAAUUGAGGAAAGACCGAUGCGACUGUCUUCAAGUAAGCUGUCCACGUCCUCAAUGUUUAAAAGCCGACAGCGGUCUGUGCACUGGUUCAAGACGAUCGAAGACGUCGACAGUGAAACAGUAGUCAGGGACUGCGACUACCUGGUCACUAGCGAGGUGAAGAUGAAAGUACCCAAGGAGAAUAAGAAAAAGACACUGGCCCCUAAAGGCGAUGAGACGCACGUCGCAAAAACCGAGUGAAUCUGAUGUGAAUGAGGAAAGCACUGUUCACGAGGGCUCCAAGAAGUUCGCAAAAGGUGUUUUGGAGGAUUCAGGUGACUGUUGCGGGCAAAGUCGACAGUUUCUUGGAAGCCUCUUGCAGCAAUGAGAAAGGUGCUUCAAGAGGCCCUGAGGAAACAAUAGCUUCCAAUAAAUACCAAGACGCUUUGACUUGCGAGGGUGCUGUACUGUGGAGUCACUUGAAGGACACAACGAAUCGGCCAGAAAUCUAGUGACAGUGAAGGACGCGCCAGCUGCUAACAGCGGCAAAGAAAAGACGAUCGUCGAUACUUUAGAGCUGCAAGAAGCAAUUGAAUUUCGAAGUGAAGCAGCCAUUUCUUCAACAGCUGUGCAGGACUCGAGGGAAGUGAUUGUAGAUGAACGUACGAAUGCUUUUGCGAACACCGAUACAGAGUCACUCGAAGUGCUUAGUAUGACAGCAAGCUCCCUGAAGAGUGAAAACGGAGACUCAAUUACGACUGUGGAAUGCGGUGGAAGAAAUGUGUAUGCUACCAAUGGGUCAGCGCUCUUGGAGUCGCCCUCAAGCGAAGCACUUCAAUGCAAGUCCCCAGGUUCUUCGGUGCAAACUUGGGAACACCUGGAUAACGUUGUAGACUCAGAAAGACCGUGUAGCGCUGACAAAGCGGCAGUGCUUUCUAGUGCAGGGGCGGAAGCCCUAACUAAGCCAAUGAGUUGCGAGAAAUUUGCUGAUGUUUUGGAAAGCACAGAGGAGAAGGUGGCGACAAAUUUGACCUUAGAGCGAGAGUCUGGGUCUAUCAAAGCAACAAGUUGUACUAGACCUGUAUCCACCAAAUGUGCCGACACACGAGCUAUUCUUCGGUAUCACGCUGAUUUGAGAGAUGUUGAAAAACAGGAACAGACGAAUGUACCAACUGGUGGUGAAAAGUCUGUACAGGAAUGUGAAAUGCAAGCAAAUGAAAAUGCAACUAACGUAGGCAUUUGCAGCGCACAAUCGCAAGAUGCCACAGGGUCUCGGACGCUAAGUAACUCCGAUGACAAGCAGCCUGGCGCGCCGGAAGACGACAAAAAGAAAACCAUCGAGGGACGAGACAAGGAGAAUGAAGACUCAUCUGCCAACAGGGACAGCACCGUCUUGCAGUGCCACGAGCUUACGUGCUCGAGCCGGUUCUCGACUUUCUCGACAUCAAACAAGGGGGCAGCACCAGUGCAGAGAUCGUUAAACAUGACGAGAACUCUACGCAUCACGACAACGAACCAGUUCAAGCCACUCAACAUGAGACAUUCAAUCAUGGGCAUACGUGGCAGUGACAGUGACCUCUUGGGAAGGCCACUGUCAGUACAAAGCAGAGAGGUGGUGCUCCCGCGUAAUCUGAAGCGCUUUGAGAAAGGAAAAAAACCUUCGACCCACCACAGAGAGAGGGAUAGCACUUGCAACAGCUCAUCCAAAAAAUCUUUGUCCUGUAACACCAGCAAUUCGAACAACACGGAGACGCUAGCUUCCGAAGUGACGGCACGUGGGAGCCAUUCUGUCACCGAAGCUCACGUGAGAGCCUGUCUAGGAACGAGCGCUGUGAGGUCUAGAACGCAAACAAUUGGUCAGAAUUCGAGCACUGCACUGGGGGACACCGUGAUAGAAUCGCAUGCGAACGAAGCACCCCUGAAUACUCAAGAAAAUGAAGGCAGCAAGAAAUGCAAAUCCAAAGGCGAUAAAAAGUCGAAAAUCAAGUUGCCCUUUAAGAAGCGUGCCUGCUGUCGAAUGUCCGAAAAUUGGAGUCAUCAGAAGAAAGAUCUAGUAGAGGGAUCUCUGCCAGUGGAGCGUAAAACGAAAGACCCAAACGCAGUUGCAAAGGAUGCUAACGGGAACUUUGUAGAAGGGGAGCGAAAUGAAAGUUUCGUAGUGUUCCAAGAGGUUCCCACAACCCGAGCAGCAUUGAAACGAAACGUGCUUCAAGAGAGCGAGGAUAUGGACUUUGCUCAUCUUGAGUACGCAUCAGACAGCGCUCUGGAGGAAAGAACUAUAUCGCUCGUUCCAGAGUCUCAGUACAGUACAAUAGGCGGUGCAGAUGUCAACCAGGCGACCCCGAUAUCUGCCACCUUAGGCGGGGACACCAACGUGGAAGGUGUCAAACUCCACCGAUCACUGCCCUCCGAAGGCGAGUGCACAGCCACCUCUAUUAUCUCAAAGGACGAUCCACCAUCGAAUGACGUGCCCACAUCCGCUGGCUCUGGAUCAGACAUCCGUCACGGAGGGAGAGAAAAGCGUCAGCAUUAGCUUCGAACGCUUAACGAUGCCAGUUUGCAAACCAGUACUUACCAAGGGCUGCCGAAACAAGGGAGGCGAGAAAGACGUCGACACUGACGUUGACAACUCCAGAACGAGUGCAUUGUCCAUCACAUUGGAAGCCGAUGCUGUCGAGGAAAGCACUUCCUCCAUUCGCUGUGAUGUGGAGAACGAUCAUGGCGACAACGGUCAGCCAGGAGGUGCUUACAGACUGUAGGACUUGCAUCCAAACAGUCAAGUGAAAAUGCAGUGAGUGGUUCAUCCAAGUUUCAAGGAGAUGUCUUGCACUGUAGAGCUCGGCUAACCUUCACUGAUUAAGAGAACUGAACAGGGGUGUCAAUCUGAUUUGGUAGUGACCUGCACUGCUGUAGCAGAAAAAUAACGGUUAUAUUAUACUAUACGGGCAAUCAAGUAAUAAAGUGUUAGUUACUGAAU